UGGAAUCAUUGCCAAAGGCAUUCUCGCCAGCCACUCCUGGCCACUCUGCGCGAUUUGACUCGCACGCGAUAGAAAACACGCCGACACAUCGAAACGCGCCGAUUGUUAUAACCAGCGUUCUAAGACUCUCGAAAGGGCCAACAAUCAUGGCUGCCGAAAACGUGACGAGGCCCCAAGUUGUUCUGAUCUCUCUCAACUGCGAACCGUUCUUCGAUGAGAUGUAUCGCUCCCUGCUCACGGAGCUCGAAUCGAAGGCAAGCCUCAAACGCGUAAAAGAGGCAGACUCGGCUAUCCGCCUGCUGUCAGAGCAGCCAUCCGCUGCCCUCAUAACCGACGAGGCACUGGCCAACACCGAGAACGCUCACGUCUGGGAGGCGGUCCUGCAGUAUGUGCGCCAGGGGGGGAUAUCCGUGAUCAUGGGUCAUUUCCCUUCCUACAUCAAGCCGGCAUCGAUAAAACCAUUCUUCGCGAAGGCGGGCUUGCAGUGGGAAGCUGGCUCGUACCAUCGGACGACACUUGUGCUCAACCGAGAGGUGGUGGCCAACGACUUGGCCACAAAGCUUCCGCCGCAAUAUAGCCAAAAGGCGUUGUUUGUGAAGAAUGUAGCGCCUGCAAAUGCUUGGUAUCAUACGGAUGAAAGCUCUGUCGUUGAGUCUCGGGUUUUCGCUCCUACGAGUGCGAAUAUCAUGGGAGAAACAGCGGUCGCGUUUGCGAGUGUUGGACAUGGGAAGCUUGGGUAUGUUGGUGACGUGAACGCUGAGGAGGGCUCGGAUGUUGUUAUCCUUGCCAUGUGUGGGCUCUGACAACGACGGGCGUAGUGGUACCGGUUAUAAUGACUUUCGUGGCUAGUAAUUCAGAGCUCAACCUCUGCGAAACUUCUAUCUUCU